CGCGGAGCCUCCGGCUCCGCCCGAGCCGGGCGCUACCGACGCCGAGACCGGGGGGGAUGCCGCCCUGGUCGAUGUCACCACAGCUCUGGAGACAGAGUCCGCCAACGGAAAGGACCCCCUGGAAGCUGCCGGGGACAAUUCUGAGGUCUUGGAUGCUCAGGCAGGCUCCGUGGAUGAAGAGAACGGGCGGCAGCUUGGAGAGAUAGAGCUGCAGUGUGGAAUUUGCACAAAGUGGUUCACAGCAGACACAUUUGGCAUUGAUACCACAUCAUGUCUGCCUUUCAUGACCAACUACAGUUUCCAUUGCAACGUUUGUCAUCACAGUGGGAACACGUAUUUCUUAAGAAAACAAGCAAAUCUCAAGGAAAUGUGCCUUAGUGCUCUGGCCAACUUAACGUGGCAGUCAAGGACACAAGAUGAGCACCCAAAAACUAUGUUCUCAAAAGAUAAGGAUAUUAUCCCAUUUAUUGAUAAAUACUGGGAGUGUAUGACAACACGACAGAGACCUGGGAAAAUGACUUGGCCUAAUAAUAUUGUCAAAACUAUGUGUAAAGAAAGAGAUGUAUUCUUGGUGAAAGAGCAUCCGGACCCAGGGAGUAAAGACCCAGAAGAAGAUUACCCCAAGUUUGGACUUCUAGACCAAGAUCUUGCCAAUAUUGGUCCUGCAUAUGAUAACCAGAAGCAGAACAGCGCUGUAUCCACAAGCGGAAGCUUAAAUGGUGGAGCCUCUUUGGGAGGGGGAAUUGCUGCAGGAGGCAGUGGGAAGGGACGGGGAGCGAAGCGCAAGCAGCAAGACGGAGGGACCACGGGAACAGCCAAGAAAACCAGAAGUGACCCAUUGUUUUCUGCUCAGCGCUUACCACCCCACGGUUACCCUUUGGAACACCCCUUUAAUAAAGAUGGAUAUCGUUACAUCUUGGCUGAGCCUGACCCCCACGCACCUGACCCAGAAAAAUUGGAGCUAGACUGUUGGGCAGGAAAGCCUAUUCCUGGGGACCUCUACAGAGCCUGCCUGUAUGAACGAGUCCUCCUAGCACUGCACGACCGAGCUCCUCAGUUAAAGAUUUCUGAUGACAGACUGACUGUUAUCGGAGAGAAGGGCUAUUCAAUGGUACGAGCCUCACAUGGAGUGCGGAAAGGAGCGUGGUACUUUGAAAUAUCCAUGGAUGAGAUGCCUCCAGACACAGCUGCCAGAUUAGGCUGGUCACAGCCCCUAGGGAACCUCCAGGCGCCUCUGGGAUACGACAAGUUCAGUUACUCGUGGCGCAGCAAAAAGGGAACAAAGUUUCACCAGUCGAUAGGGAAACACUAUUCGUCUGGCUAUGGACAGGGUGAUAUACUGGGAUUCUACAUCAGUCUUCCCGAAGAUACUGAGACUGCCAAAUCGCUGCCUGACACUUACAAAGAUAAGGCUUUGAUCAAAUUCAAAAGCUACUUGUACUUUGAAGAGAAGGACUUUGUGGACAAAGCAGAGAAGAGCCUAAAGCAAGCACCCGGAAGCCAGAUCAUAUUCUUCAAGAAUGGUGCCAGCCAAGGAAUUGCCUUUAAAGAUAUCUUUGAAGGAGUUUAUUUUCCUGCUAUUUCUUUGUACAAAGGCUGCACGGUUUCUAUAAACUUUGGGCCGUAUUUCAAAUAUCCACCUAGAGAUAUCACUUACCGUCCGAUGAGUGACAUGGGCUGGGGUGCUGUUGUAGAGCACACGCUGGCAGAUGUUCUAUAUCACGUAGAGACAGAAGUUGAUGGAAGACGAAGUCCACCCUGGGAGCCAUAACAAAGCAGGUGAC